AUGGCCGCGGUGCUCGGCGCGUUCGUGCCGGAUACCGCGGUGCGGUGGCGCGGGCUGGUGACGGGGGAGGUGGCGCGGCGGAUGGGCGUCGCGCCGGAGGCGAAGACGCUGGUGGCCAGGCUGGACCGGGUGGGCGCCGCGGUGCGGGACGCCGAGGCGCGGGCCGCGUGUGGGGACGACGGCGCGGCGCGGUGGCUGGCCAAUGUGCGCGCUGCCGCUUACGAGGCGGACGGGGCCGUCGACCGGUGCAGGGUCGCCGCGCGCCGGCGCAGGGCCCACGACCAACAGCAGAGCCACCACCACCAGGCAAGAUCACCGCUUCAUAGAACUGUAAUCACGGCGGCACUUCUGCAGGGUCUGUUGCAGGCUCUUCCUCGGCUGCUAUCCUCCUGCUGCGACACGGACGUGUCCUGUGGCGACAUCGCGGCUGACAUCAACAACCUGAACCGGAGGCUGCAGGUCAUCCUGAAGGAGAAGCAUCGGCUUCAGCUCCGUUCAUCCCUCGGUGAUCAUUACUCAGCGCCCGUGCGCACGGCACAUAGGCUCCGAAAACCGGAGAGGACCCGGGCUUCUGACACCGACAUCGUUGGCUCAAGGAUCGAGGACGACGCUGCCGGGCUCGUCCGACAGCUGACAGAGACGGACGGGAGAACCGGCUGCACGAUCGUCGCCAUUAUCGGCCCCGACGGAAUCGGCAAGACCAUGCUCGCCAAGAAGGUGUACGGCAGCGAGAGGAUACGGCGCGGCUUUGGGGCGAGGUCAUGGGUGUGCAUUCCCAGAGAGUACAACGAGGCCGCCCUGCUCUCCCUGGUCAUCGACUCGUUCGGCGGCGACACAACGGGCGGCGAGAGCUUCGCCGACCUCGAGAUGACGCUGGUCAGGCUGGUGGAGGAGAAGAGGUUCUUGCUCGUGCUGGACGACGUGCGGUACGGCGGGGUGUGGGAAGACGUGCUGAGGAGACCGCUCGAGCGCGCUGCUGGACGCGGCAGCAAGGUGGUGAUCACGGCGCGGCACGGCAGCAUUGCUCGGGAGAUGGGCGCCGGCCACGUCCACCGCGUCAAGAAGCUGGACAUCGACGAUGGCUGGCUGCUGCUUCGCACGGCGGCCUCUAUAGUUGACGAGGCCACGGCGGGCGAACUGAAGGGCGUGGGUGAGGGGAUAGCUGAUAAGUGCGGCGGCGUGCCAUUGGCGAUCAAGGCUGUUGCCGGCGUCCUGAGGACACGGGAUGCGACCGCACAAGAGUGGGGCGAGGUGCUCGCCAGCACGGCGUGGUUGGUGAAGGGGCUCGCGGAGGAUGCCAUGAAGCCGCUGUACCUGUGCUACGACGACUUGCCGUGCCACCUCAAGCAAUGCUUCCUGUACUGCUCGCUGUUCCCCUCUGACCUCGCCGUGGAUAGGCGCGUGCUCGUGCAGCUUUGGAUAGCUGAAGGCUUCGUGCAGAUCAGAGCCGACGCCAGUGUCGAGGAGGUGGCCGAGGAGUACUACGAUGAGCUCAUCACAAGGCACCUUCUCCAGCCGGCAGAGGGAGAUGAACACGGUGGCGCCGCGUGGUGCACCAUGCACGACAUGCUGCGAGCUCUGGCGCAGCUGCUCGCACAUGGUGAGGAGUGGACCGGCGACUCGUACCGACUGUUGGUCGACAGCGAUGCCGCCUUCGCACCACGACGUGUUUCACUCCCGGGAAGAAACCUGGCUGCGAUACCUGAGAAGAUUCUCAAGUUAGAAAGGGUAAGAACGCUGCUUCUUCAAAAGAACCCACUUACAAUUGAAGGAAGCAUCUUUACAAGAUUGCAACAUCUUAAAGUAUUGGAUCUCAGUGAAACAGCAGUCGAGCUCAUUCCAGAGAACCUGGGCAAUCUUGUUUAUUUGAGGUUCCUGAAUCUGUCUCACACAAGGAUUCAGGCAAUUCCAGAAUCCAUAGGCAACCUGUGGAGCCUGAAAUUCCUUCUGCUAAGAGGGUGCAAGACACUGCACGCGCUGCCAAAAGGGAUAGAGCAUCUGAGAGGACUCAGGGACCUUGACCUUGCCGGCACAGUGAUCAAUGACGCGGCAUUCAGAGUAGGCCAUCUGAGAAGCAUCACAUCACUCUGCUGCUUCACCGUGACGAGCAAAGAGGCGCGUGCUGCUCAGGAUAGGAGUGGGUGGCCUCUGGAUGAGCUCAAGAACUUAUCUCAGCUGAGAACACUGCACAUACAGAAGCUUGAGAAGGCUGCUAAUCGAUCGGAGGCAACUGAGAUGUUACUUGAUGCCAAGAAAGGCCUCAGGGAGCUCGAGCUGUCGUGCAGCAGCACUGUCAGGCCACUUCAAACACCGGAAUUGGUCAGAAAGAUUGAGGAUAUCUUCGAAGAGAUGCAUCCGCCACUAUGCCUGGAGUCACUGAAGCUUGUAAACUACUUUGGGACAAGGUUCCCAAGAUGGCUAUCAGUGACCUUCCUGCCAAAUCUCCAUGAUCUAGACAUCAUUGGGUGCAACUUCUGCCAGUCUUUUCCUCCAUUAGGCCGUAUGCCAGAACUGAGAUCCUUGUACAUAGCAGACUCUCUAGCUCUGAAGGAUAUAGGUGCAGAGUUCACAGGCACCGAACACCCACAUCAGGUUCCAUUUCCGAAGCUGGAAAACCUGCACCUCCGAGGGCUGCAGAAGCUCCAGACAUGGACAGACAUUGAGCCAGGGGCAUUUCCAUCUCUGCAGGAACUUCAGCUUGAGAGCUGCCCCAAGCUGCAAAAUCUUCCUGUUGGCCUCAGACAUGUGACAUCCCUGACCAAGCAACACAUAGCAGAUAUGGCAAGCCUUGAGGCUGUGGAUGACAUUGCUACACUGAGGGAAUUGAUCGUUUGGAACACUCCUAAUUUGAAGAGGAUAUCAAACCUGUCUUCCCUUGAAGAUAUCAACAUGUGCCACUGCCCUAUGCUGGAGAGUGUGGAGAAUGUAGACGGAUUACAAACAGUGCACAUCUUUGAUCAUGACUUGCGGGACAUGCCCAGAUGGAUUGAGGCACAUGCUUCCAAGCUUCGAUCACUGAAUUUCACAAGCACAGUUGAGCUGCUGAAAAGGUGCUUGGUUGACGGUACAGACUGGCCUGUGAUUAAGGACAUCAAGGAAGUUCAUGGGUACUCCACUGGUUCCAGCUACAUAUACUAUAAUAGGAGUCCUUAUAUCUUUGAGAGCAAUGUGAGUGAUGAAGAUAACCUCAGUGUCAGAGAGAAUGAAGCAGAUCCUGAUAAUGUUGAUGAUAUUUCAGUUUCAUCUUCAGGUACCAGUUAUCUAGAAAUCAGAGGAUUCUUUGACUCAAAAGUAUUGAAGGAAGGAACUACCAGGGCUGAAGAAAUUGUAUCGGGUAGGAGUGUCGGGAGCAUGCUGGGGCUCACUCAUCGUCGCUUGCAUAAGCUAGCAGAAGUUGACCCUGAAGAUGAUGAGGUUGAGGACAGAGCAGAUUCAGUUGUGCCACUUCCUUCUAAUCCAACAAGAGCUACAGCAUCUGCAGCAAAAGUUGGUUGUGUUGUGGCUGAUUAUCAUAAUGAUCCUGGUUCAUUGUCAAAAGCUACAAGUCAUGAGUCUGAAGCAAUAACCAACAGGGCCGAGCACAAGCACGGGCGGCCGGUAGCAGGCGGCCAGGCCCAAGGCCCCAAGCCCCCAAGCGGCAAGCGGCAUGCCCUGCCCCUCUGGCCCUCUCGCUGUCUCGCAUCGCAGGCACAGGGAGGUAGGCCUCAUUUUAGAGUUUGGUACAGGGCCUCGAUUUUUGCCGGCUCGGCCCUGAUAACCAAUGAUGAAAUCUGUCAUGAUAACAUAGUGACGUCGGCUUUUCCCAGGCACACAGAGUCCAAAACAGCAAAAGACGUUUCUUCUGAACCUAGCACUGAUGGAUAUGCUACUCUUACCAAAUCUGCUGCCCCAAUUGGUCAUAACUUGGUCCGACAAGGGUCUCGAGCAAUCGACAAUACUGAAAUUGGUCAAGAUUUUAACUUCAGUAGUAUCCGAAGGAAGGAACACACAUCCAAGAAAGGUGAAGGCACCACUGCUGAUGUUACUGUCACUAAAGAUAUUAACCUAGUUCAUCCAAGGCAAGUGAUGGAUUCUAAUAAAGGAAAAGAUGAUUUUGCUGAUAACGCUGCAGCUAGCAUCUAUUCAUCAGAUAUAAUAAGUCAGAAACACAUUAAAGGCCAGACUGCAACUUCUGCAAAUGGAAGCACAAAUGCAACUCCAAUGCCAAAAAAUCCAUCAGACAAAGGAGGACCCGAGAAAUCUGCUGGUGUCACUGGUAGCAGUUUCAUCCAAGAAGCAUCUCAUACAGUCUUUGUCACUGAACCCACUCGAGAUCUGGCUUCAAGUUUAAUACACAGCAAACAACAGAUGUGGGAAAAAGAGGGAGAAGUUUCUGAUGCUCUUGACCCUACUCAUGCUGUUGACAACAAUGGAAAUCAGAUGGAGGAUGGCAAUAUCAGUUCAUUGCUUGCCGGUUUAGCCUGCAGCAACCAACAGACAACAGCGGAGCCUACGUCUCAUCCCAUUGAUAUCACGGAAGCAGCCAUGAGAAAGGCAGAAGCCACCACGAUAAGGAAACACUCAAUGAAUGAGGCGGUGAACCAUGACCGUACCCACAGGGACGCGCCAUGCUCCAUCGACGCCAAGGCCGACGAUUCUCAACAGGCGGCAAAGGUGUACUCCGCAGUGUGGGUCGACACUGACACAGACACCCUGCGCGCUCGGCUCGUCGACUCAAUGCGGCACUUGCGCAGGAUGGCAUCUCGGCGGCGCCAUCGGCAGAGGAAGCGCGGGUCGAAUAACAAGUGGAGUAUCGGGCCAGCGCUGGUGGUCAUCCUCCUGCUUGUCUCCGUGGUGCAGCUGCUGUUCAUACUCUGGCUGUACCGGAGGCUCCUGAACCAAAACUAG